ACGCAUUCCCUCAGUUGAAAUUAAUUCGACCUGUUGAAAAGACGUACCUAGAUCUCGUACAAUGGGUGCAUUUAAUUCGAAGUCCAAGCACAAGUAUGAUGUGGCUAGUGAAGAACCUAAGGCGCAGAAGAGAAGCAUUACCGCUAAAUCGAAUGACUCUCAAGCACAGAGCAAGAUCGUUACACCGGAUUCCUCUCCAGCCGCUGCCCCUGCCGCGCCAGUUCCAGAAUUUGAUAUUAAAUUGGUACCCACAUGGAUUAAAGAGUCGCAUUUUGUGGAAAUACUCAGAGAGACUGUUCCAAGCUGAAAAAUCAAAAGCUUUCACAUAAAACCCGCUUUGAACCCCGGAGAGAACUAUGCAACACUAAUGCUGAGAGUGAGCUUAGAUGUUGAAUUAUCAGACAAAUCCAGCAAGUCCGUUUCGUACAUGAUGAAAGUGCCACACGAAUCGCCGGAAAUGGAACAAAUGCUCGCCGUUUCAAAUUUCUUUGUCGUUGAGAAUGAAGCCUAUAUAGAUUUGUUGCCCAAGCUGGAGGAAUUGUACAAAGAAAAGGGGCUAGACAUAAGAUUUGCUCCGAGAGCAUAUCAGUUCAAGGAGAGCGUAAAAGAAGAGCCUCGACUUGCCAAUACAGUGUUAAUGUACGAUCUGGGUCAAGAAGGUUAUAAGAACGUCAAUCGUUUGGAGUGUCUCAAUUUUGAGCAGACCAAAGUAGUUCUUAAGAAAAUGGCACAAUAUCACGCUGCGGGUGCACAUUAUAAGAACCUCUAUGGUAUCUCGGAGCGACUUAUGUAUGGAAUGUUUGGGAAGAAUAUUGAAGUUGCCUUGGCGAUGCUAGAAGCCAUGAUGGUACCAACACAGAAAAGAUUCCUUAGUAAUUUAAAGAACUUCAAGGACUGUCAAAAAUACCAUGACAAGAUGGAAGCAUAUUUCGGUAAAAUUAAAGAUCUGUUUAAGUCCAUUGGCAACCACGACCCCAAUGAAUUCAAUGUUAUCAACCACGGUGAUUCUUGGGUCAACAAUCUUCUCUUUAAGAUCGCACUAAAUGGAGAUCUCUCCGAAAUGCUCUUUGUGGAUUUCCAGAAUCCACACUAUGGCCAUCCUUUCGGAGAUUUGCUCUAUUUCAUAAUGACAUCUGUGCACAUUGAUUAUAAGCUGAAGCAUUUUGACUAUUUCAUCAAAUAUUACCACGACCAGCUGAUUGAGCACCUGGAAUUACUUAAAUAUACUGAACGCAAGCCGAAGUUAUGGGAACUGCAUAUGCAGCUAUCUAAACACGCUAGCUGGGCCAUCACUGCAGUCUAUAUGGUGCUGCCCGUGGUUCUUCUGGAUCCCACUGAAUCGGCCACCUUUGAGAACUUCUUUGCAGACACUGAAUCUGGGUCUGAUUUUAAGAAUCUGAUGUACUCCAACAAGCGUUACCAGCAUUAUAUUGAACAGAUACUACCUUGGCUGGAUAAUCGAGGACUCCUAGAAACCUAUGAAGAACUCCCAGGAUUGACUCCUGCUGCGAUAGCAACUGAAUCACCAAAUCAAGUUGAGAUCAAUGUGGAUCCUGAGGCCCCGACUGGGUCAGCAUCGACUUCUUUAAGACUCUGCUUAAAACAGAAGAUAGCCAUGUACUAUGAUGUCAUACCACAGCUGGAGCAACUCUAUCAGCAGGCUGGAGAGCCAGUUGUCUUUGGCCCCAAAAGCUAUACGUUCCAGAAUUCGCCAAAGGACGACCACAUCCUGCUUGAGAACCUGCGACCAGCGGGCUAUAAGAAUGCGGAUCGCCUUAAGGGGUUGAACGAAAGUGAAACGAAACAUGUGUUAGCAAAGUUGGCCAAAUUGCAUGCAGCCUCUGCUCAAUGGUAUGUAACAAAAGGCAAGUAUGCUGAUUGUCUGGACAAAGCUUUGCACAAUGAGAACACUCGUCCAAUCUUCGAAAGUGAGCAAAAUAAAAGUUUUAUGGGACUAGCGGCUGAGGCGAUUCAAAAAUUCCAGGGUAGUGAACUUUAUGGCAAAAAAGUGGUCAAGGUACUAUAUAACCUCUUUACACUGAUAUCCAAGGCGGAGGAGUACGAUGAGAAGCAGUUCAAUGUGAUGAAUCACGGUGACUGUUGGACAAACAAUGUGAUGUUUUCCUAUAAUUCACAAGGACAGAUUAUCGAUACUCUCCUCAUCGAUUUCCAGCGAUCAAACUUUAACACUCCAGCCCAGGAUCUAUAUUACUUCCUGUUAUCCUCGCCCAACUUUGAUAUCAAACUUGAGAAAUUCGAUUACUUUAUUCGCUUUUAUCACGACGAACUGAAGCGAAACCUCGAGCUGCUGAAGUAUCCGCGCCACAUUCCCACUCUAAGAGAACUCCACAUAAUGCUGCUGAACGAUUCCAUUUGGGCUGUGACAACCACAUCCACGGUGAUGUCAGCAGUCCUGCUCGAGCCCACAAAUAACGCGAGCAUUGAGACCAUGUUGGGCAACGAUGAGGAAGGUAAAAAUUUCAAGCGGAAGCUCUUCAAUAAUGACAGAUAUCGCAAGCACAGCGAAGCCAUAUAUCCCUUUCUUAAUCAUAGGGGAUUGCUCGACUUUGUCUAAAGUUUCUUCUUCGCUACUGCCUCUGAAACUAUACAAUUGCAAAAUGUGAUGUAUUAUUUAUAUGGUAUAUAUUGUCAAAU